UCACCGUGUAAAACAUAAUGAAUGACGUCGGGUGUAAAUCCGUCUCAGCGGAUGUGGACUCUCAUCAGGAGGGACGGAGCUGCUAACGUCAAACAACUUCAGUAACACUGCGGACAGGCUGCCUUUCUCACUGAAGCAGAAGUCCCCUGGAGAGUUGUGAGGUGAGCUCCGAACACCUUUCUCUAUACAGACGUCCGGCCAGUAUGUCCAGUGACCCUCCUCCUCCAUACCCCGGAGGACCCAGUGCCCCACUCAUUGAGGAGAAGAAUGGACAACCUGUAAGAGCUGCUCCUAUACAGGGACAGCCCUUGCCUCCAGACUACGGUCCUCCACCAUAUGAGGCCACACAACCAGGCUUCCUUCCCCCACAUGUCCCAGGAGAAGGACCCAUGCCCAUGCCAAUGCCUCCACCACCAGGUGGCCACUACCCGCCUCCGCCCGGUCACUUUCCACACCCAAUGCCAGGACAGAUGGGUCCCGGUCCCAGUCACUUUGUCCACAUGGGAGGUCACACUGCGACCGUCCUGGCUCCUCCAGGAGCAGCCACCACUGUGACUGUACUGCAAGGGGAAAUGUUCCAGACCUCACCAGUGCAGACUGUGUGUCCGCACUGUCAGCAGGCAAUCGUCACCCGUAUUUCCCACGAUGUCGGACUCAUGAACACACUCUUCUGCCUCUUCUGCUUCUUCGUAGGGUGUGAUCUCGGCUGUUGCUUGAUUCCCUGUCUGAUUGAUGACCUCAAGGACGUGACACACACCUGCCCUUACUCGAACUACAGAAGGUGUAGAGCACAAAAACAUCACAGAGAUGGACAGGAAGCAGUCACACAGGUCCGUCUGAUCGUGUAUAAAGAGUCUGAUGAUGUUACACAUGUUAAUGGGAAAAACAUCUUUGGAAAGAGACAGCCUGAAUUAGAGAAAGCUGUGAAAAUGGUCACUUUAUUUAUUUAAAAUCAUAUGUGAAUCUUGCUGAGCGGCAAGUAAAUUGAAGUCAAGAAUGCUAGCUAAGCUUUGUUUUUUUUCCCCUAUUUAUUUCAAAUAUUUUAUCCAUUAUUGUGAUAUUGAGAACUGUGAACAUUUUUGUCCAUGUCCAUAAUUUUGCUCUUAACAAACCUAGGUUUUCUUUUUAUGUUUAUCCCUCUUUGAAUGUGAGAAAACUAACAAACCACUUUAAGUAAACUGACGUAUUUGUUGUCUGGGAAUGGUCAAAACGUACGUUACUUGAUAUGUAUAUUAAUCUUCUGAGCUUAAGUCAUAAGUUACAAAAUGUUCGAUGAUUUACAGUUGAGCUGUGUCCAUUAGAUACUUAAUUUUCAUAAUGAAGCCAAGAUUUGCACUUUAAGUUAGAAUUUCCCCCUCUGAUGCAUUCACAAAAACCUCAACCGUACCGUUUGACUUUGAAGGAAAAUAAAUAAGGUUUACAGUGGUGACUUUGUGUCAUCUCAUGAGUAAAAGCAGUGUAUAAUUUUGGCUUUUACUUAGGUUUGUUGUUAGCUGAGUUAAUCUCACCAUACAUGCACUUAUUCAGAGUAUAGUAGACUAGAGUUUUACUGUUACUGGGGGAGACGCACUGCAUGACAGCUCCGUAAUAUUGUGUCCUCCCUCUGGCCCAUGUGUCCGUCUGAUGCACUGCUCCACAUUACAGUAUCUUCUCACUGGUACUUUAGGCUGAUUGAUUGUUGGUGCCACAGGUAGCUAGUUUUAAAAUAAAAAAGUAUGUUGGCAAACAAAUUACAGUGGCGGCACCAUCAUCACAUAAUACAGUUUAGCCUGUAGCCCUCCUAAUAUGGCAUCAGCCCUUAGAGAGUACCUGCAUUGCUCAGAUGCAUGUUAGAUAAUACAGAUGUUUUUUGACUAAUACUAAAUAGUGACUUCUCUGCUAGGAAUAAGCUUGAGAUAAAUGAUUGUAUCAGACAUCUUGCAAAAUGACAUUGUGAUUCCAUUGAUUACUACGAACAAUGAAAACAACCAUUGUUCCACCGCAGCAUGCCCAAACUGCCAUUCACCUUCACUCACCAAGUGCAGAGUUUGUCUGCAUGAACCACACAUCAAAAUGAAGAAGUCUCACUGGCUAGUUCCUUGACUAUGUGCAUUGGAUUUUUUUUCUCCUUUCUCUAAGCUGUGCAAGAUAGUUUUGAGUUGAAGGAUUGCAUUGAACUUUUAAUACGCAGUACUGUAUGCCAUUGUUCUGGAUAAUACUGGUCUGCAUUGCUCUCUUAAUGUCUGUGAUAUGUAUAACUGUAAGUCAAAAUUUGUUUGACUGUUGUAUACAGGUACUAUUUUAUCAAUAAAAAAAUCUGAACAUGG